GGAAGACCGGAUGUGACGUAGCUGCAGUUGAUGUAAAAUGGCGACGGUCGUGUGUUAGUCCAAACACAACGGACCAGCCCAAACACAGAGCUCAAUAUCGAGAGAAGUGACAUUUUUAGAGGGGAAUAUCAACCACCGUGUGAUUAGUUGGAUCUUACCAAGGUUCAGUCAUGACCGAGGAGGCUACUACCAAUCCUGCGACGAGCUCGGAGGGGAUCGUGGGUCUGGAUGAGCCCAAGAAGAUGACCAGGGAGGACUGGAGGAAGAAGAAGGAGCUGGAGGAGCAGAGGAAGCUCGGAAACGCUCCAGCUGAGGUGGACGAGGAGGGAAAAGACAUCAACCCUCACAUCCCACAGUACAUUUCAUCAGUGCCCUGGUACAUCGAUCCCUCCAAAAGGCCCACACUAAAGCAUCAGAGGCCACAAAGUGAAAUUGAGCUUCAGUACUCAUCCAUUGGAGAGUGGUACAAGAGAGGAGUGCAAGAGGGUUCUGUCACCACUAAGUUUCGUAAAGGAGCAUGUGAAAACUGUGGUGCCAUAACACACAAGAAAAAGGACUGCUUGGAGCGACCCAGAAAAGUUGGGGCAAAGUUCACAGGCACAGGCAUAGCUCCAGAUGAACAUUCUCAGGUGUCACUUGACUUGGACUAUGAUGGGAAGCGGGACCGGUGGAACGGGUACGAUCCCGAGGAACACCAGCGCAUCGUGGAAGAGUACGCCAAAGUAGAUCUGGCCAAACGGACACUGAAAGCCCAGAAGCUUCAGGAUGAGCUGGCAUCUGGAAAACUGGACCAAACUGAGCGUGAACAUGACAGCGAGGAUGAGGAUGAAGAUAAAUAUGCAGAUGACAUCGACAUGCCCGGUCAGAACUUUGACUCCAAGAGACGAAUCACAGUCAGGAAUCUGCGUAUCAGAGAAGACACAGCCAAAUACUUGAGGAAUUUGGAUCCGAACUCGGCAUACUAUGAUCCAAAGACGCGAGCUAUGAGAGAGAACCCGUACUCCAACACUGGCAUGAACCCCGACGAAGUGGGGUAUGCUGGAGACAACUUUGCUCGCUAUUCUGGGGACACAAUCACCAUGGCUCAAACACAGUUGUUUGCUUGGGAGGCCUAUGAGAGAGGCUCCGAGGUGCAUCUGCAGGCCGACCCCACCAAGCUGGAGCUGCUCCACAAGUCCUUCAAGGUCAAGAAGGAGGACUUUAAAGAGAAACAGAGGGAUGGCAUCCUAGAGAAGUAUGGAGGUGAAGAGCACUUGGAUGCACCGCCGCGGGAGCUGCUGUUGGCCCAGACGGAGGACUAUGUGGAGUACUCUCGUCACGGCGCCGUACUGAAGGGGCUCGAGAAGGCCGUGGCUCGCUCCAAAUAUGAGGAGGACGUGCUCAUCAACAACCACACUUGUAUUUGGGGCUCCUACUGGAAAGAUGGCUUCUGGGGAUACAAGUGUUGCCACUCCAUGGUCAAACAGAGCUACUGCACAGGAGACACUGGAGUUAAAAUCAGCAACACAGACUGUGUGCCAUUUGAGGAGGGUCUGGCUGAGCCUCAGGAGGAAGAAGAAGCGCCCAAGACUCUGCUGGAGAUGCAUCGGGAUAAGAUGAAGGAGAAGAAGAAGAAAAAGAAGAGCAAAAAGAACAAGAAGCACACCUCUGAUGGCAGUGAUUCAGAGGAUGAGGAGAAGAAGAAGGAGAAGCUGAAGAAGGCGCUAGAAGCAGAGGACAAGUGGGUAAAGCACGUAGACGCAAUAAUGCAGAUAGAUGAGAGGAAGAGGCCGUACAACAGCCUUAUGGAGGUGAAGGCGCCCACAGAGGAGGAGCUGGAGGCCUUCCGCAUGAAACGCUGCCGACCAGAUGAUCCCAUGGCUUCAUUUUUGGGACAGUGAGCUGUUCUUCAUCCCUGCAGACACCCCUCAACCCUCCCCAAGGACUCUAGAGGACUCUACCAGAGCUGCUGCUCGGUGGAAAUAAGCCUCAUCUUGUAAAGCUACAGCAGGAGCUUCUGUUUGAUUUACAGUCAUGACAGAACUGGUGUACAGCUUUUGUUCAUUUCAUUUUGCAAACUUUGUGUUUUUGAUGCUGCAGGCUGAUAAAGUAUCAGUGAUGAGA